GUGGAGCUACAUAAAUGGUCUGUCUUGCUUUGAGAAUUACUCAUAAUUUUCCAACAACUCCUUCCAAAUCCUUGCUCUUCAAACUAAUCAUCAUAUUUAACCACAACUUCAUCUAAGUUUCCUAGUGGGGUAUUCAUUUACAUAAAUAGUCCAGGUCCCCUCCAUUUGAGGCACUGUUGCAACGUUAUUGCUCAGGGGAUGGAAGUUUUGAGUCUUCAAAAGUUGGUGAAGACAGCACCCUCUAAAGCAUUGGUUAUCAGAAUCAAUUUGGUAUGUCUUGCAAUCUUUCUGGUUGUUUAUGCAACCCUUCUUCUCCGUCCAUCUUCUUCAGUGUAUUUCGAGAAUGCAGCUUCCCUUGUUAGGUGCUCCUUGCGCGAGUGCCAUCACAAGGGAGAAAAAAGCAUAAAGAUGAAAGCAGUAUUGGAGGAACCACAACUGAAACUACGGAUGCCAAGGCAGAACGCGACUAAGAUUGAGGUGCCUAGCUUCUUUGUUGAAAUGGGGAGAGGAAUGAAGAUGGGAAUGGUGAACAUGCAUGAAGAUGAUGUGAGUGAAUGGAGCAACCUUGGAGAAACAACCCACGUUUAUUUCGAAAGGGUGUCACAAUUUUUCAACUGGACAGAUUUAUUUCCCGAAUGGAUAGACGAGGAAGAAGAGAGCGAUGUUCCAUCAUGCCCCGAGAUACCAAUGCCAGAAUUCGCAACAUAUGAAGACAUGGACGUGAUCGUGGCCAAGUUGCCAUGCAAAUACCCCGAAGAAGGCUGGGGAAGGGACGUUUUCAGGUUACAAGUUCAUCUUAUUGCGGCGAAUUUGGCAGUGAAGAAAGGGAAGAAGGAUUGGAAUUGGAGGUUAAAAGUGGUUUUGUGGAGCAAGUGUAGGCCAAUGCUGGAGUUGUUUCGAUGCGAUGACUUGGUUAAGCAUGAGGGUGAGUGGUGGUAUUAUGAGGCUGAUGUGAAGAGAUUGGAACAGAAGAUUUCUUUGCCUGUGGGGUCCUGCAAUUUGGCUCUGCCUCUAUGGGAACAAGGGAUCGACACGGUGUACGACACGUCGAACCUGGAAGAAAGCGUCCGAAGCGAAGCGAGAGCAAAACGCGAGGCCUACGCGACGGUGCUCCAUUCCUCGGAAGGUUACGUCUGCGGCGCAAUAACGCUGGCGCAGACGCUCCUCCAAAGCGGAACCAAACGCGACCUAGUCCUCCUCCUCGACAGCUCCUACUCCGCCGCGAAGCGCCGCGCGCUCGAGCUCUCCGGCUGGCAGAUCCGACUCAUCACCCGGAUCCGAAACCCACGCGCGGAGAACGGCACCUACAACGAGUAUAACUACAGCAAGUUUCGCUUGUGGCAGCUCACCGAUUACCACAAAGUCAUAUUCAUAGACGCCGACAUCAUCGUCCUCCGCAACCUCGACAUCCUCUUCCACUUUCCUCAGAUGUCCGCCACCGGCAACGACCAAUCCAUCUUUAACUCCGGCAUCAUGGUCCUUGAGCCCUCCAACUGCACCUUCGAUGUUCUCAUGGCGCGUCGCUACGACGUCAUCUCCUACAACGGUGGUGACCAGGGAUUCCUGAACGAGAUGUUCGUGUGGUGGCACAGGCUUCCGCGGCGAGUGAACUUCUUGAAGAACUUCUGGGCCAACACAACACUGGAGGCGAGUGUGAAGAACGCGCUGUUCGGCGCGGAGCCUCCGAAACUGUACGCGAUUCACUACCUGGGGCUGAAGCCCUGGCACUGCUACAGGGACUACGACUGCAACUGGGACGUAGAGGAUCAGAGGGUCUACGCCAGCGACGUGGCGCACCGACGCUGGUGGAAGGUCCACGAUGCCAUGGACCACCGCUUGCAGAGUCUCUGCCGCUUGACCAGAAACCGAAGGACCGAGUUGAACUGGGAAAGGAGGAAGGCUCGCAAGUUGGCCUUACCUGAUAUGCAUUGGAACAUCAAUGUUACCGACCCCAGGAGAUCCGGCUCUCUUCUCAUGGAUUAGAUCAUUAACUACCUUCUUUCUAGUUAUACCACAUUCUUUUUUUUUCUUUUUUCUAAUUUUCAUUUGGGGUUUUUCUUUUUCUUUCACUUUCUCAUUUUACUUACACAGAUGCUUUUGCCGUGCACUUUAUUUAUUUAUUUAUUUGCGUGGAAAGGGUACAGCAAUACAUUUUUGGUUAGCCAAUAAUGGAAACCAAAAUAAUAAAAAGGAAUUCAUUAUUA